AUGCAGUUUCCCAUGGGCCCUGCCUGCAUUUUCUUGAGGAAAGGCAUUGCUGAGAAGCAGCGGGAGAGGCCACUGGGACAGGAUGAGAUUGAUGAGCUCCGGGAAGCAUUUCUUGAAUUUGACAAGGACCGAGAUGGGUUCAUCUCUUACAAGGAUUUGGGCAAUCUCAUGAGGACGAUGGGUUACAUGCCUACAGAGAUGGAGUUGACUGAGCUGGGCCAACAAAUCCGCAUGAACCUUGGUGGCCGUGUAGACUUUGAAGACUUUGUGGAGCUGAUGACCCCCAAACUGCUUGCAGAGACGGCAGGGAUGAUUGGUGUCCAGGAGAUGAGAGAUGCCUUCAAGGAGUUUGAUACCAAUGGAGAUGGGGAGAUCACACUGGCAGAGCUGCAGCAGGCCAUGCAGAGGCUGCUGGGGGAGAAGCUUACACCUCGGGAGAUUUCCGAGGUGGUACAGGAGGCUGACAUCAAUGGAGAUGGCACUGUUGACUUUGAAGAGUUUGUGAAGAUGAUGUCUCGUUGA